AUGAAAUCCACCCACACCCAAUGCAUUGAAGAUCACUUUGCGUCUCCCGCCAGCAUAGCUGAUGAAUCCUGCGACAUAAAAAACGAGAGGAUGAGUCUUGGGGAUAAAAUUCUCUUCUUUGAAAGGAACAGUGUUGUUCCUGCAAAAAAGGAUGAGGCUAUUUCCAACCUUGGGUCCUCAAAGGUUGCUCAGCUCAGGAAAAAAUUUUCAAAGAUGAUUCCUGAGGAUGGCGAGGAGAUCAACUUUGCAUCGUCUGACAUCAAUUCAUUUUCAACAGAGACGCUUGACAAAGAGUUCUGCGAGGAAGAAAGGGAUAUGGCUGAUAGCCCGCCUGUUAUUUCCAUAUCUGUUAAUGAUGGUGCUGCUAGCAAGAUACCUGACAAGGCAGUCAUUCCUGCCCAGCCAAGCAGUAAAAACAAUCCAUUGACAGCUGUUAAUGAUAGUGCAAAAGCAGAUGUGAUGAAUAUCAGGGAUAUUAUAAACAAAAUCGAAAACAAAACAUCAUCGAAGACUGGUUCUGCCGCGAACGACAUUAAAAGUAUUCACUUCCCUUCAAGUUCUGAACUCAUCCAGGACUUUACUAAGUUUCCGUCAAGGCCUUCUUUCCUUAAAAUCCCCUCCCAUCUUCCAGAUUUAAGAUGCAUAAAGAGUGAGAAUCUUUACAGAAAUAAGAAUAUUUUAUUUUCGAAUAUUGACGUGUCCUUGUCUCCCUUUGUUUUCAGGGGACCCGGGCCUGUUCUAUCUUCAAAGCCUCAUCUUUCCCUGUGCAACUCCCUGCUAACUGAAGUGGGUGUUCGACAUUACAUUAAGGUGCAUACCCCUGGCACCACUAAGGACUUGUCCUCGAUCUGGUAUGUUCUUAAGCAGCUGGAAGACCCCGAAUUUAAUCUUGCUCUCCUGUCUAAAGAUGAGCACUCACUCUCCUCUUUCAUUCUCUCUGAUAUUGUCACUGAUAUUUACAAAAGGACAAGUUUCAUUUUAUUUAAUGGCGAGAAAGUACUAGGAAAACUCAUUGGAAGGACCCUAUGCUUAUGCACAAAGGACAAAUGUAUCAAAGCCAUUGGAAUUGAGAGAGUUGAGAAGACAGGAAAGGUAGGAAUAACUGUGAAUGGUGUAAAUCUUGAAUUGUCUUGUGAAACCGAAAGGAAUGAAUGGGUGAGUGUAUUAAAGAAAUAUGAAUAA